UUGAAAUGCUGCUAUAGCAAAACAUUCUAAUUAUUAUAGAUGCUAUCGUCAGAGAGUGAAUAUAAGAUUUGGGACCAUGCAGAGGAACAACCUUAUAUGUUUCAUUGGAUAAUAUUUUGGAACUCUGCUUCUGCUGUGAAUGGUGCAGAUCGAGAGCAAGCAGCAUUCUUAAUUGCAAAAUAUAAAAUUCAUGGUUCCAGUUUGUAACCAUAUCGUGUAUUCGUGUUGAACCCUCAAAUCUAGGGAUGAUAAACGUUUAGUUAGUCGCAUUUGAGUGGAGUCCACCAGCUGCUUCGGACGUUUUCUCGCGAUUGUCCACUUGGAAUACGGUUGUUUGUAAUUGUCACAACCUGAAGACACUUUGUCAAAACCCAACGACAGUGUUUGGAUAACUGCUAAUAUAACCUGAGUUUUGAGCCAUCUUCUAUGUGAAAAAGCUCUGCUACUGAUCAGUGAUCUGUUCUCCUGGAGAUAUACGAAGACAUAUCGUGACUUCGAGGGUGUCUUUCGCAUAUCCCGCCACAUCAGCAGAAAACUACAAAAUGGUGCAAGGCAUGCAACAAACUGGACAGAUUUUAUUCUUGUUUGUAGCGAUGGUGGUCGUGUUCGGGCCAAACUUGUCCUCCCCAUUUUUGUUCAGUACCUCCAAGAGCAAAUUAGAGCAAUACCAAAAAGUGAUCCACGGUAACUAUGGAAACUGGUGCGGCAAGAAGAACACGUGGCUGAGGAUUAAGAAUAGCAAUGGUUGUUGUGGGUGCGGCGAGUCCGUGGCAAAAUGCAGACGCUGUAUGCGACCGAUUGAUGACCUGGACGAUGCUUGUUUACAACAUGACUUCUGCGUUCAUUGUAACCGCACGGGAGUAAAAUUUCAGCAUUUCUGCGAAUGCGAGGAAUUGGUGUCUCACCUAGCACAGCGGGCGUACUGUGCGGAGGGUUCCUUCUCCGUUUGUGGGAUCUACCGGACCGCACUGAGAGGCCUCUUCAAACGUAUCCCAUGCGUCUGCCGCAAGAAAGACAGUUGUGACGCAUCUAUUAUUGGGUGGAAGACGUUUCAAAAUAGGCCUACGCCUUGCGUCAAGUCAAAUUAUCACCAAUGUCUCCACUAGCCAGGCCUACAAUAUUCGUUUGAAAUAUCGAGAGGCGGAGUAUAUUCAAAACCACUGGUUUAUAUGUCGAGAAGCAGGUACCUGGAGCGCGGAGACCUCACACAUAGGAAAAUCUCACAUAUAGGGGAAGACAUUUCAGUGCAUCCAGGCGGCGGUGUACACUUACUCAUAGUGUGGUUAUUUAAUCGAAUCACAGGUGGUGCUCAAGUUGUAUGUAUCCACUAUGGUCUCCGGUGUGAGGUCUGGUGUGAGGUCUCCGCGCUCCAGGUACCUGCAUGCUUCUCGUUAUGUCCACACACAUUAGGCCUACACUCCGGACACAGUGGACCGGCCUCGGCCCUCACCCAACACUGAGAGUGUGUGAAUAGGAUGGCGAAAUAGACUGCCCCGGGAGUCUAUAGUACACAUCGACUCGUCAUAUCGGCUGCAAAGAUUCGUCUGACGCCAUUUCCAUCGUUUCUAGCUCAGUCUAACCUUGGAGGAAGUAUAAUUCCUCCAAGGUCUAACAUUGCUCGCUGUCGUUUCCAUCUCAGGCUCAUCAUUGAAUCAUGGUAUAUAGCUCUAUUUGAGUCCAUUGAUACCAAAUGAAUCUUUUGAGUGAGUCGCAAUCAGAAUGUCGGCUUGCUGCUGCCCCUGUCUUCGAAGACGGCUGAAGAGGACAUCACCAGCAACAGGAGAAACUGCGUCAGCUGAGUACCAGGCCUCGAGGACUUUUGUUAUAUAUUAGUUUCUGACAGUAAUGAUUUAUCCAUUUAUAUCAAUCCCUAUGUACAACGCAUGUUCUUGUUUUUCACAUGAAAAUACUCCCUGAGGAAAUCGGGGCAAGGUUCGCCUAUUCUCCGGCCUCUGUUGUUUCCUUUUGGUUGGUGUCUCAGAUGAAACCAAGGAAGUUUUGUAGGAGACAGUGAUGUUUCGACUGCCUACGAUUUGCCUUUACGUUUCAAAAUACACCAUAUACUUCUCA